AUGGUUGAAGAUCAAGAUCUUAUGGAAGAAGUAUUCAUGCGAUUCUUUCAAAAGAAAUGGGAGUUCAGAAACUCCAAUUUGGAUGGUUGGCCAGCUCCUACCGCUUACUUAAAUGAUCAGGAAAGAAGUCUGUUGGAGAUGGAUAUUUCUAUGGCUGAAGUUCUUCAUGUCUUAAAACAAUUGGAAGAGAACACUUCUCUAGUGGAUAUGGAGCAAGCCUAUGAUUUUAUGGCUUGGAUUUUUCUUAAAGAAAUAUUGAAUUAUUUUAAAUUUCCUCCUAAAUUUUCCGAGCUUAUCAUGGAUUAUGUUGUAGACCCUAUGUUCUCUAUCAUCAUUAAUGGAAACUGUUCUAAAUGGGUGCAUGCUAGAAGCGGUUUUCGGAAAGGCUGCCCUCUAUCUCCCGUUCUUUUCAUACUUUGCUCUCAACUACUGUCUAAUGCAUUUAAUCAUAGUUCUUGUGGUAUCAAGAUUUUCCCUGAUGGACCUCCAAUUUCACAUCUUUUGUAUGCGGAUGAUGUCAUUAUGUUUUCCAAAGCUAAUAGGAAGGAGGUUUUGGGAGUGAAGAAAAUUCAUAAUAAUUUCUGUGAAUGGACUGGAAAAAAAAUCAAUUACAGCAAAUCUAUCAUUUUGUUUAGAAAACAUGUGGAUAGAAGGAGGAAGAGAAGCUUAUCUAAAAUCAUGGGAUUUAAAUAUGUGAAAGAAUUCCUUUACCUUGGAGUAAAGAUGGCUUUGAGGAGACUUAAGAGAGAAGACUUUAAAUUCAUUAUUGAUAAAGCUUUGAAGAAGCUCAAUCAAUGGGGAAGCAAAAGUUUAUCUAUGCCGGGCAAGUUAACUCUAGUAAAUUCUGUUUUGCUAGACCUUCCUAUAUACCAUUCAGCACAUUCUUUGGUUCCAAAAAAAUUGUUAGCAGACCUGGAUAAAAUUUGCGAAGACUUCAUAUGGAACAAGAAAAAUGGUUCCAAAGGCCUGCAUUACAUGAGUUGGAAUGAUAUGUGCAAACUAAUUGAAUAUGGUGGCCGGGGAUUACAUUCUAAUUUAACAAAAAAUCCUGCUUUGCGGGCUAGACUCGCAUGGAGAUUUGUUCAAAAUGAGCAUUCAUUUCUACAUUCUAUGAUGGAUGCCAAAUAUGGUAAUAAACUGCUUCAAGGAAAUUAUAGUAGGAAUGAUUCGAGUGCUUUUAAAAUUCUGAAAGAAGGUUUUAAAACUUUAAAUUCUAUUGUGAAAUGGGCUAUUGUGGAUGGUAAAUCUGUGGAUGCUUUCAAAGAUACUUGGAUACUUGAUAAAAGUAUUAACAAAUGGCCUACAUUUGUUAUUCCUAUUGAUGACAGCCCGGUUAUGGUUGAGGAAUUUAUAUCUGAAGGAAAUUGGGAUGUACAAAAUCUGAGCAAAUUCUUUGGUAAGGAGCUUAUUGAAAUCAUCAUGAAGACCCAGAUUUUCAAAGAUAAGGAAGCUGAUUUCUUGGUCCUGAUUAAUCAGAAUUCUGGUAUGAGAAUUCCUGGAUUAAUAAGGAAAGAGGAGGCUAAUGGCUUGGAAGAAGAUCUAUUGUGGAAAUGGAUCAAGAAAGCAAAGUUGAAUUCUCGGGUAAAGAAUUUUUGGUGGAGAUUGAAGAGGAAUGCAGUCCCUUCAAUGCAUUUCUUAUGGUAUAGAAGGAUUGCUCAAAAUGCUAAUUGUCCAAGAGGAUAUGAGUGUAAUGAAGAUAUAGAACAUAUUGUGUGUGGCUUCUUGAAGAUCAAAGAGGUUAUUCAAUACUUGAACCAUUGGGUUUUCGGCUUCCCAUUGUUUAAUUCUAUUGAACAAUGUUUCGAAUGGCUGGAAAAUAAUGUUAACAGGAAAGGUGUGAUGGUUAAACUUUAUUGUACUUUGGUGUUUCUAUCUUGGAAAAGUAGAAACAAGAGGAUACAUGGUAGAGUAGAAGAUAAUUCCAGCUUUAUUGCCUCCGAGGCUAUUGUUCAAGCUUCGGUAUCCAACAAUUUCAACCAUUCUAAUUUGGGCUUUUGGGAUGUUAAUCAGUCGUUAAGACUUUCUAAUGCUCGGCAUCCUCCUCCACCCAAAUGGAUGAAAGUUAAUGUUGAUGCUUCUCUCAUUUUUUCUUACAAGGCGGGUAUAGCGGCUGUUUUCAGAGAUAGUAAAGGGAGAUUCCUCUUUGCUUAUGGAAAAUCACUUAUACAUUGGGAUAUUGCCCAAUUGGAGCUAAUGGCAAUCAAUUCUAUUAAAGAGGAGCUCAAGGAGUGGAUGUUCAAUUAUGAUGGCAUAAUCAUUGAAGGUGAUAAUGCUAACAUUAUUUCUUACUUCAAUAUGGCACAGAAUAAAAGGGAGCUAAAGGAUGAUGGAGGCAAUGGGGGUAAAUUUGGAGGAUUUCAUAUUACUUCUCUGGGAUUAGAUUGGUUCAUGUGCUCUUUUCAAUCUCAGGAAGCAAUGGAGGAAGUUCUCAAUGGAGGUCCGUGGUAUGUGGGAGGUUUUGUCAUUGGUCUAGAUAAAUGGACUCCCAAUUUUUCUCCUUAUUCCUUGGAUGGAAUUUCUUCUCCAACCUGGGUUCGUCUUCCUCACUUGCCAUUACACUACUGA